GAUAGUGUUGGUACAGUUCACUUCACUUUACAGAUAGUGUUGAGUUAGUUUCAGUCACUGCAGAAAUGGGAGCAUCUGUAACAACCCCCCACGAGAUAACACCACUUCAAUUUGCAGACGAAGAGGUUAAAACCAUGUGCUACUCUGUCAAAGGUCAAGUGGAGCAGAAAACAGGACAGAAAUACGACACUUUUGAAGCGAAAUCCUUCAAAACCCAAGAUUUAGAUCAUGGAACCAGUUACUUCAUCACUGUCCAGGUCGGAGCAAAUGAACAUGUGGACAUGUACGUCAUCAAAGAGCUGUCCGGUCAGCUGAUCGUACAAGGUGUUCAGGAAUUCAAGGAGCCUCAGUCAUAAUGUCUGCCAUUUGAUGUUGGAUGUUUGAUGUGUUGACAUCUGUGUUUUGGUUUGAGUCAUCACGUCUUUACAGAACACUUUCAUAAAUCCAGGAGUGCACAUUUGCACAUAUUUGUUUCUGUUUUACAGAAACAAAAUUUAAAACCACAUGACUCAUUUGCAUAAACAGUAA